AUGGAAGGAACGAUUAUCGAUACACCAGAUGAGUAUCGAAAACUGGACUGUACAGAAAGUGACAAAAGAGCAGGUGACGCCCCAGGAAAAAUUGGGUGUCAUUUGGUUUUAAAAAAUGAAGAAUUUGAACCGGGUAGAAAUGCUCCGGCAGGUUCCGGUUGCUACACGGAAGGUUCAGGUGAAGAUACAAAAGUUUUUUGCGCUGUUGUUUGUCCAAAUGCCCAUUCGGUGUAUCAUUCAAAAUCGUUGAGCGAUAAAAAUUGUUUCAAAUUCAUCACAUACGGGCUAAUCCAAAAAGAUGGCGAUUGGUAUUUAUGGCGAUCGGGAAAAUGCCUUAAUAGUCCGAAAGCAUUCGAAAUUGGAUGUAAAUUCGAUGAUCCCUUUGAAAACCAAUUCCCUGAUGACAAUGUGAUCUUUAAACAUUUAGCUGCAAGAGUCCGAGCUUAUUAA